CGCUCCUCCUCCUCCUUCCUCCUCCAACUCCGACUGUCCCGUCAUGAGCUCGGUCGAAGCUGCCGCCUCGUUGUUUGGGGGCGAUUCCAGCGCGGCUUCUGAUCCGUUUGCUGUCAUAGGAAGCGACGAAGAACGGGACACGACAUCUCCGGCUCACGGUGCAACACCGCCAGGUCAAGAACACGGAGCGUCCCCGUUCGAUACCAACUCAACGCAUGCGAGUCAGGAUGCAUCCAGUCUGUUUGGUUCUGCCGAUACAUCCCAAUCCGAGACGUUUGGGUCUGGAAACUGGUUGAGUCCCGCUGGACAGGGCUCACAGGUAGACAGUUAUGCAGCGUCACCCCAGAGCACUGGCACUCAAUAUACGCAGAGUGCUUACAGUGGCUUACCGUCGGAUUCCAGCUCUCAAAGUAUCUAUAAUGGAUUACCGCAGAACACUGGAUACAGCACGUAUCAGCAACAUGCUACUGCCGCUCCUCCAGCGAACCCCUAUGCGCCUGCAGCUCCGGUGGCAAGUAGCUAUGGGCAGCAGAGUAAUCCCUACUCUAGUGGGCAAUAUGGUGCUUCCAGCUAUGCGUACGAUUCGUAUCGACCAUCUGCAAAUUCAACCCUUGCUCCCACUCAAGCACCUUUAUCCUCUGCACAAGCUGCCGUAGACCCUUACAAGCCAUUUGCGACGGCACAGAAACCCCAACAAUCGCAGUACGCGUCCUACACCCCUCCUGUGUCCCAGCCAAUGCGAUCUCCUAUGGUACCUGCCACGAUGCCUCCUCCGACCCCUGCGUCUGCGGAUGCCUUCCGUCCAAAAGUAUCCAAUGCAUACGAUCCGCCGAUCCCGCCGCCAAAACCGAAGCGUGCAACGAGCGGACGCAGCCCUGCAUAUACUCCAGCAAUGAACACCUACACGCCUUCACCGGUGUCCACUCCGCCGCCUCCGCCUAACAGAGGUUCUAGCAUGCUUUCUCCUCCACCUCCCAGGGCAACGCCUCCUCCCCCGAGAGCGGCUCCACCCCGUGCACCCUCACGCGACGCGUUUCAACCUCCGCAAGGUGGGCAUGCAUACGGUGGAUGUGUUGGUCAUGAGCCGAUGGGUCAUUCAGCGCAUAUUACUUCAAACAACAGUGUUUAUGAUCCUUACUCAGUCGGGUCUCCACGUCCUCCUGCUAGCGAUCGGUACAGCCCUCGUCCUGUCGCGGUUAGCCACCCACCCCCUGCCAAUGACCGAUACAGCCCUCGCCCAGUCGCGGGUACCCAGGCUGCUCCUCUAGCCAGCGAUCGGUAUAGCCCUCUCCCACCCACAAGUACCCAAGCUCCACUCGCUAACCCGUACAGCCCUUACUCUGGCGCUAAUGCUCGAGCCACCCCUCCGGUAGUUCAAUAUAACCCUCAGGUCCCACUCAACUCUGAGGGCCUUGCGACUGGCCAUAGCUACGGCCAGCAUGGGGCCGACGCCCAGCUUCCCCCGCCUCCAGCUCGUGCUCCUUCAGCCGAAGGAUAUGCUCUUUUUGAGCACGGAAACACGGAGCCACCACCGGCAGAUGACUACUUCGGUACUUCUGCUACUGAAGAUUUGUCAAUGCCUGAGAUGAAGGCUCGGUCCAGUCCCGAUCCAUACGCCCCACAGACCUCGGAGGUAGAUCUGGCAGAAGAGGCGCCUACACCUCGUCAAACGUUCGAGAAACCAUUCGGUGAAGACAUCCCCGCCUAUAAUCCAGAACAACCAAGUGAGAGCUAUGGCUUUGAAGGAGGUGUUGUCGACGGGGAAGACCAUGGUGGUUGGGAUGCGAAGGUCGGCGAGGCUGGACUUGCCGGGGAGAACCCCGUGGGACAGGGUGCAGACGGCGUUACCAGUGAGAUGGGUACGUUCGCAAACGUCGGAGCACCGACCUCUAUCGAGGAGCAUGAUCCGGAGGCGGUUUUCAGCCCGGUUCAUUCCAGCGUUCCCUCUUCACCACAAGCUGUUCGCCAGGGACAUGGAUCUCCUAAGCCAACGGCCCAUUUCAAGCGAGGCUCUCAUGGUUCAGCGGGACAUUCUUCCCCUAGGUCGAGUCCACUUCAAAGGGUGUCCUCGCCCCUGCGGUCCGAGAUAGUAGAUAGUCUUGACACGCGCUAUGGCUCAGGACAAGAUUAUACCCCUCCAGUUCCGGGACCUGAAUCUCCAAGCUCACCUAUUUCCACUCGAUCCACCGGUAGCCGCCAUUCAGUUGCAUCACAUCGCUCGCCCGCAUACUCCCCUUACGUUCCGUAUGGACCACCUAAACCCUCGAAUGCUCCUGCGUAUGCAGGGAAUGCAACCUCUGCCCCAGCUCCGCCGGCACAACACUCCCCGUACGACCCGUAUACGCCAAAGACCCAAACGUCACCGUCAAAGCUGCGUCCCCGAUCAGACAGUGGAUUUUCCUCUGUGUCGCCAGUGGACGUUUCCGCUCUUCCGACAAGUAUCAACAACGCGUACGCGCCUCCCGCCGCUCCGGCUAACAACGCGUCUUUGGGGCAAGACCUGUAUGUUUCCCCUCCAGCUCGUGGGCUCUAUGCGCCUUCGCCUUCCCUUCUAGGCUCGAACGAUCCUCUUGGCCGGACUUCAGCGCGCAUUCCGGUGUUCAGCUUCGGCUUUGGUGGCAAGUUUCUAACCUGUUUCCAUGGUGCUGGUGGCCUGAGCACUGGCUUUGACGUGGCCCUGUCGUCUCGUAAGUCGAUGGACGUUCAGAUCCGAACGUUAAAGGAGAUUAUACCCGAGUCUGCUUUGGAUUCAUCAUUUGGAACGUUCCCUGGCCCGCUCUUUGGCGACCCUGGGUCUCCUGUCACAAGUUUGGUUCGGACGGGUGCAGCUCAGGCCAAGACCAGGAAAGCCCGCGUCGCCAAAUACCUCGAAGAUCGUAUGGAAGAGCUAUCCAAAGGAGUUCCUUACCUCUCGUCGGAUAGCCCAGAGGAUCGCAGUACACGAGGGAAGUUGGCGUUGCUGAAGUUACUCAAGAUCAUGGUGGAUAACGAUGGACUGUUGUCCGGAAGCCCAAGUAACGACUCAGCCAUACGGUCUGCACUAUUCCCACACCUUGCUUCAGGUGAUCCUGCCGAAGUGGGGUCUGAGCUCAUGACGCCAUCUUUUGCUUCACCUUUGAGCAAUGCAUACGGUUUCAGUUCUACUGUAGCUCCGGUCAUCAACGAACCACCGAUUUCCACGACUACUCUCACUGCUUCGGCGCUGGAUAAAAUUCAGGAGUUCCUCGUUAGAGGGGAGCGGCGUAAGGCUUAUCACUACGCACUGGACCAGAAACUUUGGGCUCAUGCAAUGGUGAUCGCGAGUGGCAUUGAUAAAGAAGCAUGGAAAGAAGUCGUUAGUGAAUUCCUCAAAUGUGAACUUGGUGUGCCCACCGAAGCAGCUGGAUCGCCUGGCUCUAGCCGAGAAUGGCUGAGAGUUGUAUACAGUCUAUUCUCUGGCCAGGGAGUUUCUGCUGUUCAGGAGAUGAUUCCUACCAACAACCUCGCCAAGCAAGACAGUGGCUUGCAACUGCCUGCUCCUUCGCUCGCCCACAUCACACCAAUGUCCCCUAACUUCCCUUCAGCAGUGACAACUGCUCAGAUCCCUUCAGAAUCAUUAGGCAAGUGGCCGGAGAUUGUUGCUUCAGUCAUUAGCAGUCCUAUGGGUCCAGAAACUUCAGCAAUGCUGACAGCACUGGGAGAUCACCUUUUGUCCCAUCAAAUGGUAGAAGGCGCACAUUGCUGUUACUUGCUGGCUCCCGCAACAUCGCCUCUGGGUGGCGUUGGAACGCCCUCCUCUCGGAUUAUAUUGCUAGGCUCGCAGAGUCCCGGUUACUUACCAACUUUCAGCAAGGAGCAAGACUCCAUUGUCUUGUCUGAGAUACUGGAGUUCGCGCUCUCUCUGAAGCCAGCUGUGAAGGGACAGGAGACGUUUGGUGGCCUUCCUCAUCUACAGGCAUACAAGCUGGUUCGAGCUUACGCCCUUGCCGAAUUGGGUUAUGUGCAAUCCGCUAGCAAGUAUUGCGAGUCCAUUACUGCCUCUCUCGGUCGUCCAUCACAGUAUCUUAACGUAAUUAUGGUCGAGCGGCUGAAGGUCCUUGCAGAUCGGCUGACUGGCGCACCUCAAGUGGACAAGGCUGGCUCAUGGAUCGGGGGCAAGGUAACCAAGCCUAGCUUGGAUAGCCUGGGAAGCUGGUUGGAAGGAAGGCUCACCAAAUUCAUUGCCGGCGAGGGAGAAGAGACUGCGCACCCCAACAAGGAGCCGGUUCACCCCCAGCCAAACUUCUCGGGGCCGUUUUCUCAAUAUAGCACAAUAUCCUCUGCGGUGCCUUCUGCAAGUUCAACGCCUCCCCCUCCUUCGUACAGUAACCUGCAUAACGGUGCUCCUACUCCGCCACCGCAACGCACAGGAUCUGCUUUGUCAACCCGGUCUGCGCCCAACCCGUACGCUCCGGGCAACCGUGCUUCCUCGGCCAUGGACAUGCACCGACCAAAUAGGAGGACGUCUCCAGCGCCGAACAAGGUUCCUGCCUACCCGUCAUCUUUGCCUUCAACAACGUCAAUGCCUUCAGCACCGCAUGGCUAUUACGGCAAUGGGUACGCCUCUUCACAAGCUAGCGGGGAUUCACUGUCAAGGAAACCUUCCCUUGAGGUCAUGGAGGAGGAGAACAGCGGUGCCGCUGAGGAAACUUCGCAGGAACCCGCGCAGGAGUCGGGCUGGUGGAAUUCGCUUGGAAACGCUGACAGUGCCAAUACGCCAACUGCAAACACAUUCCACCAAUUGGACGAUGCUCAUGAAUCCUCCAACGGGUUCAUCUCCCUGAUGGAUGAUCCCGCAUUAUCUGUGACGCCCAGUCCACCCAUCCCCCAGAACUACGUCGCGCGACGCGACAACAUCGUAGAUGACGAAGAUGACCUCGGUCUUGGGAACAGUUCAUCAAAGCGGUCAACCCCUGUCCAGGGCGCGGAGAAUGGCGAUAAACCUACCCCGGUCGAGGAACCUAAGAAGGCUGAGGCAAAACCUGAGAAGCCACCUGCUGCACCAGCCGGCGCUUCGAGUGGGUCUUGGCUUGGCCGCUUAUGGGGAGGUAAGAAGGCAGACUCCCCAGCACCUGUCAAGGCCAACCUCGGACAAGAGGUAACCUUCUAUUAUGACAAGGAUCUCAAGAAGUGGGUGAACAAGACGGCUGGAGCUGAAGAGGCAAAACCAGCGGCAACCCCACCGCCACCAUCAAGGGCACAAACUGCAUCUCCUGCUAGGGCCAUGGGCGGUGCACCUCCACCACGAAGUCCUCUACCUCCCCCCUCAGCACCUCCGCCAUCUCGGCCUGCUUCCGCCAUUGAUCUUGGUCAGGGCUUCCAGGCCAAGCCAAUGGCUCGCACUCGCUCGAACCUGGUUCCGAGCGACGUGGCUUCUUUACCCCCCACGCCGUUGCCAGAUGCAAGCGGCACGCCCCCACCGCCGAUGGGACGACCUCGCUCGCAGGCAGCGAAGCGGAGCGUACGGAAUCGUUACGUUGACGUUUUCCAACAAGAAGGCGGUGGUGCAUAGGUUAAUCCCCUUAGGUAGUAUGCACGCCGUUAACGACAUUGACACUUAUUAUAACGCAUCAUUUAUUCAUGUCGCUCGCACACGCUUUGUAUAUGUUGCCGACGUUCUAGUUAUGAUUAGAAUUUCACGGAUUUUACAGCAACAUCUGUUGAUACCUAAGUAGCGCAAACAAUUUAAAAGAAGAGCUUGAAGGGGUACCCUCUGUUCUUGACGCGGAACAAGGAGACAAGGAUCGAGAAGACAAUGAAAUUGACCGCAGUCCAGAGAUAGAUUUGAGUGCGCUGGCGUCCUGGCGACUGCUGAUAAGGGGCGACGAUGGUCAACAUCAAGAAAGAGAUUGCGAGUACGCCGUAGACUACCGAUACGACUUGCACUUCCUGGCCAAACUGGUUGGAGUAGCCCUGCGCAAUCCAUGCUCCGUUAGGACCGGACCACGGCACGCCGCGAAUCUGAGUGAACAUGUAGCCCGAGGUCAUGACGAUAGAAAGAACGACGGUGCCGGCCGCCCAGACCCAGCGGUUGUUCGCAAGGGGAGCGAUGAACCGGAAGACGAGCGCGAGGAUGGGGAUGAGGGCCGCGAACGCGCCGAGGCGGCCCCAGUUGAAGGGCGCCUUGUAAGGGAUGGGGAUGGGUGUGUGACGCGAGAGCUGCUCUGCAAGAGGGCCAGCCUCGAAGCCGUUGGAGAAGUCGUAUUUAGACGCGGCGGUCUUGCCGUUGGCCGGGCGGCGGGGUCCAUCGGUAGGAGGAUAGACAUGGACGACAGGGGCAGAGGCCAUGGCAAGCUUCUGGAACACUGCGGAUGCCUCGUCAAAAUCGACCGUCCCGAAGAAGUGCGAGUCGCGGUCGGCUUGGGGAGCGGUAUGCCAUGCCUGUGCAACGGCAACGAAAGAAGGAUCAAAUUCCUUGCAAGGAGUACACCUGCGCCUGGCGUCCAUUGCCGUGAACUGGACUGCGGCAGACCAGUUACGGCUUGGCGCAGUCAAGAGGUCGAAGGUGCGCUCGUCGAGCCUGAUGUGGCCAUUGCCGGCAGCUGCAAGGUCGACGAGCUCCUGGUGGGGAGACUUUCUGGCUGCAACGCCAAGAGGGACGAGAAAAAGUGCGAGGAGGGGCCAAAGCAUAUUGGCGACGUGUCGAGAGGAGUGACGACAAGCGCAAG